GAAGUGGAGCUACUUGUUGCUAACCGGAAGCAGCUCGCUGUUGCCGCGUGUGUUGCAGCUUGUCCCCACCUGUCACUUUGAUCGCAUUGACACCUUGUCUGGACAGAAGCAGACCACAGACCCUUCCCUACCCAGGAUGUCCUCUCAGGCAGAUGAGGCUGCAGAGCAGACCUCUGACACAGUGGAAGCACCCACCUCUUCAUCAUCCACUGAGACUGACCCCACCAGUGGAACCAUCAUUACCGUCACCGUCGGAGCAACCGUGCCCACUGGGUUUGAGCACACUGCUGCAGAGGAGGUCAAGGAGAAGAUUGGAGUCGAUGCUCGAAUUAGCAAAGAUCGGGGUCGCAUAUAUUUCCCCAUCACUACCGACAAACUCUUCCAGGUUCAUCUUUUGCGCUCCGUUGACAACCUGUGUGUUGUGGUUGCAGAGUAUGACCAUUACCAGUUCAAAGAAUCUAAGGAGGAGACGCUGAAUGAGUUGCAGGAGCUUGCCUCCAAACUUCCCUGGACUAACGCUUUAGAGGUUUGGAGACUCAACAGAACUCUAAAAAAGAAGAAGGGCCACCGCAAAGCUGGAAAUGCUACAAGAGCAAAAUCUAAUGCUGAGCCCAGCGAAGUUCCUGCUGCUGCUGCUGCUGCUGCUGAGACCCAGCAGCAUGAGUUACCUCAGGUGACGUCUCCAGACGAUGAUGACGCAAAGGCAGAGGUCACGCCUGACUCAGAAACAUGCCAGCAGGACUUGGAGGACACUGCCCCAGAGGUCAAACUCAUCAAGUUUCGUGUGACGUGCAACAGGGCCGGGGACAAACACAGCUUUUCUUCUAACGAGGCAGCCAGAGACUUUGGUGGGGCUGUGCAGGAAUUCUUCCAGUGGAAAGCAGACAUGACAAAGUUUGACAUAGAGGUUUUGCUCAACAUCCAUAAUGAUGAGGUAGUGAUUGGGAUUGCCCUCACAGAGGAGAGUCUUCACAGGAGGAACAUCAGUCACUUUGGACCCACUACUCUCCGUUCCACCUUGUGCUACGGCAUGCUCAGGCUGUGUAAACCUCAGGAAUCUGAUAUAAUCCUUGAUCCUAUGUGCGGGACCGGAGCCAUACCACUGGAGGGUGCUAUUGAAUUCAGCGAGUCUUUCUACAUUGCGGGUGAUAACAAUGACAUGGCAGUUAAUCGCACAGUCAACAACAUUUGUCACAUCCAGAAAAGGAGGGCGGACAAAGGCAGCCCAUCUGGAUUACCUAUUGACACAGUGCAGUGGGAUCUAAGUAAUUUACCCAUAAGGACCAGUUCUGUGGACAUCAUCAUCACUGACAUGCCCUUUGGGAAGAGGAUGGGGUCCAGGAAAAAGAACUGGGACUUGUACCCUUCUUGUCUCAGAGAAAUGGCUCGUGUUUGCAGACCAGACUCGGGGAAGGCCGUGCUCCUGACGCAGGACAAAAAGUGUUUUGCAAAGGCUAUUUCAAGAAUGGGAGGUCUGUGGAGGAAACUGCACACUGUUUGGGUGAAUGUUGGGGGUUUACAUGCCGGGGUUUACCUCCUCAAGCGGACCGGAACCGUGUUUGGCCAAGCUCCUGAGGACGUCCAUGAAUCAAGAGGGAGGGGUGACGCACAGAAGGAUGAAAGGGAUGACAAAGAACUCUGUUAACUUUAAUCCAACCUUUAAGUGGCGUAACAUGAGGAGAUGUUAAGAUAAUCUGCUUACAUGAUCUCAAAUUGUUCUCAAGCAUGCCAAACAGAUUUUUAUUUUUUCUUACUUUGGAAAGGAAGCUUUUAUGUUCAGCAGCACUGAAGCGGUUUAAUUGGCAGUGAUUUCAUUUGUUGUGUUCAGGUAACAGGAGUCGUCUUCAUCAGACUCGUCAGAUCUGAUGUUCCAGUUGAACAGGAUCUGAAGUUUUCCAUUUCAUUAAUAAAGAUCCGUUGAGGUUCAUUUACA